AUGAAGACUCCUGGUGCAGUACUUGCGGUGCUCUACUCCGUGGCCGCGGUCACCGCGAAGCCGGGGGUGGACCAGCAGAUCGCGCAGCUAGAAUCGUCCAACUCGAAGCUGCUGCAAUAUCCGACGCAGUUCACCCAGAGCAUCAUGCCCAAGGCCAUACACUCACAUAAUGACUACUGGAGGGACGUGCCUCUCCUCACUGCGCUGAGCUACGGCGUCGCGAGCGUCGAGGCGGACGUCUCCCUCAUCAACGGGACGCUCUACGUCGGACACGAAAACCAAGCGCUGACGCCGGACCGCACGCUGGAUUCGCUGUACAUCCAGCCGCUACUGCAGAUCCUGAACAACCAAAACCCGCAGACUGAGUUCACUGCGGGGAGCACGUCGCACAAUGGUGUCUUCGACGUCGACGGCGGCCAGACGCUCCAAUUCGUGAUAGAGAUCAAGACAGACGGCGUAGCAACGCUGCCGUCCGUUCUGGCAGCCCUGGAGCCCCUGCGUUCAGCCGGGUACCUCACCACCUUCGCGAACGGCACCCUCUCACGCUCCGCCGUGACCGUCGUCGGCACCGGCAACUCCCCGCUCGAGCAGAUCAAGGAGCUCUCUCCGCGCGACUUCUUCUACGACGCGCCGCUCUCGCAGCUGACGGACCCGUCGCUGAACACGACGUGGGACGCCACGCUCGCUCCGCUUGCGUCGACCGACUACGAGGCCGUUAUCGGGUGGAGCGGAUUCGGGACCAUCUCGGACGAGCAGAAGGGUAACAUUACGAAGUUUGUGGGCGACGCGCACGAGCGGGGCAUCGCUGCGCGCUUCUGGAACACGCCCGCCUGGCCGGUGACUGCGCGGGAGAAUAUCUGGAGGGCGUUGUUGGAAAACGGGGUGGACUGGUUGAACGCCGAUGACCUGGCUGCGGCGAGUUCAUUCUGA